GUAGCCGUCGCCGUCGCUCUUGAAUUUAUGUUUUUUCGAAGACGUACAAAAACGAAGAAACGGGAAAACCAUCAGUCAUAAUUUUUCGGUUCCGAGAAUCAUUCUACGUACCAGAAUUAAUCAGUGCCAUACACAAAUAGUUAAAGCCAUUAAUUGUGAGUGUGAGUGUGCGUGUUAAUUUAACCCCAACUUUUCGUGUUCAUUAAUCAACAUUUAGCACAUGGUAAAAACUGAUUAGCUGUAUUGCAAUAAAAUACCCGAGAAAUAAAACAAGAAACCCCAGAGAAACUUCCACUUUCCCUGAGCCUGGUCCUUUCUUCUCAGGACACCUGACUGCCUGACUGGCUGAGUGCCGCCUGCCAGUUAAAGGCCUUUCCAGGAUGCCAGUGCUGAACAUCUCGGCGGACAAUUUAACCAGCCUGCUGCAGGGUCUCGAACCCGAGGAGCUGCUGCCCACGGCGACCCCGAUGACCCCGCUCUCCCUGCUGGCCACCCUCAGCGUGGGCUAUGCCCUCAUCUUUAUAGCGGGGGUGCUGGGCAACCUCAUCACCUGUAUCGUCAUAUCGCGGAACAACUUCAUGCACACGGCCACCAAUUUCUACCUGUUCAACCUGGCCAUAUCCGACAUGAUCUUGCUGUGCUCCGGAAUGCCCCAGGACCUGUAUAACCUUUGGCACCCGGACAAUUAUCCCUUCAGCGACAGCAUCUGCAUAUUGGAAAGCGUUCUCUCGGAAACGGCGGCCAAUGCGACCGUUCUGACCAUUACCGCCUUCACCGUCGAGCGAUACAUUGCCAUUUGUCAUCCGUUCAGGCAGCACACGAUGUCCAAGUUGUCACGGGCCGUGAAGUUCAUAUUUGCCAUCUGGAUAGCCGCCCUUUUGCUGGCCCUGCCCCAAGCCAUCCAGUUUUCGGUGGUGAUGCAGGGCAUGGGAUCCUCGUGCACGAUGAAAAACGACUUCUUUGCCCAUGUGUUUGCUGUGUCGGGCUUCCUGUUCUUCGGCGGACCCAUGACGGCCAUCUGCGUGCUGUACGUCCUCAUCGGGGUGAAGCUGAAGAGGAGCAGACUCCUGCAGGCGCUUCCCAGGCGAUGUUACGAUGUGAACCGGGGGAUAAGCGCCCAGACCCGAGUCAUCCGGAUGCUGGUGGCUGUGGCCGUGGCAUUCUUCAUCUGCUGGGCCCCCUUCCACGCCCAGCGCCUGAUGGCCGUCUAUGGCUCCUCCUCGGGCAUCGAGUCCCAGUGGUUCAACGACGUGUUCAGCAUCCUCGACUACACGUCCGGCGUCCUCUACUUCCUCUCCACCUGCAUCAACCCGCUGCUCUACAACAUCAUGAGCCACAAGUUCCGAGAGGCCUUCAAGGUAACCUUGGCUAGACAAUUUGGACUGGGUGGCAAAAACCAAGGAAGAGGGCUGCCCCACACCUACAGCGCUCUGCGGCGUAAUCAGACGGGUUCCUUGCGACUUCAUACAACGGACAGCGUUCGGACCACCAUGACUUCCACGACGACGACCACGACGGGAUUGAAUGGCUGUGGCAAUGGCAAUGGGGCGGCAACAGGUCCGGCGGUACGACUGAACCGCGUGUCCUUGGACAGCAGCCAUUUGCAAGGACAGAAUCGCAGUCGGCAGGACCUCUUCGAUAACCCACGCCGUACUCUCCAGACGCAAAUAUCCCAGCUGUCAUCGGUGGGCGAUGCCCACUCGCUGCUCGAGGAGGAUUUGCAAUUUCCCGCGGAACCACUGCAGCGACAGCCCACCAUGUGCUCCAUUGAUGAGCUCACAGAUGACUUGGCCAUCUCUCGGUCACGCCUCAAGCUGACGCGCAUCACCCGCCCACUGGCCACAGUGGGGGCGGGGGGCGUGGCAGGGGGCGUGAGUGGUGACGAGUCGAGUGGCAAAGUGCGCAAGGCGAAAGUGAAAGCGCUCAAGAGCUCAAGCGCUCUCAAGGGUCUCAGGGCCAAAUUCAAUUGGCGUGCCAGACGCAAAGGCAGCCACAAACCGCAGGUUAAGGAGGCCGCGGUGGCAGUCGACGAGGCUGGGGAGCGGGGAUCGGCUUUUUAAAGGGGUCCCACCAUACCCAGCCAUCCCGCAACCCCUUUCUCUGGAGGAGAAAGCCAUCUCCGGAGUCCAUUCCAGUGCCACCCACAGACAUUACACACACACAACUGUGAUAUGAGCAGCAAGCGCCUCUCCAGCUUGUUUGUGUUUACUUUAGACAAAUAUAUUCCAAGUUGGGGUCAAUUAAACUAUAUAGUUGUCCUGGCCAA